AAAUCCUUGUGUUCUCAGUGUUCUGUCCAUGUUCCGGCCUUGUUCCGUUAACAAUGUGUUUGCCGUUGGAAAUAUACUAAAUGUCUCAGGGGACUAUGAAUUGAUUUCCCCUUCAUGAACUGAAACCAGCCACAAUCAGGUACCUUCUGCUUCCCUCUCCAAAUCACCUGCUGAAAAGCAACACGGAGUGACACCAUUUCAUGCACCGUCCAUGUGCCCCACAAUACCCGUGUCCAUCCCUAAAGAGUUGAUGUUCCUUGUGAAAGAUCCAUUGGGUUCGACACAAGGCGAGGGAACGGUUUCAACUACAGGAGACAGCAGCUCUACAGACAGCUCUCGAGUGUGCAGGACACUUACUUUUGAGGAAUGUAGCAAAAAAGAUGUCCCUUCUUCAGCAACCACUACAUUUAGUGACCAACAGACAGCAGAGGCAUCACAUGGAACCCUCCCACCUUCUGAAUCCUCUUCUUCUUCCCCUCAUACACCUGAGCCACCACACUGUGGUCCUUCUGUUGUUGUUCCCCCAACGACAUUCAGACCACCCCCUCAUACACAUGAGACACAACACCCAGGGACUUCUGCUUUUGUUGCUCCACCGGCAGAUCAGGAUAUAAGCACUUGGGCCUGUUCUUAUCAUCAGAAAGUGUGGAUAAAGACAGAACUCCAAUCUCUGGGACUGUGGCCUGGGUCCCACCAUAUGCUCAAGCCAGGAAAUGCCCUGUCAUUAUGGCGACUCCCACCACAGCCAGAACUCAUUGACACUGUGUUAGCACUCCCAUCCCGUAAUUUCUUUCAGCUCCAUCCGUUUUUUAUUUGGAAACCAGAAAGUGACAUCAUGGUGAGACUAAGAAAUAAUUAUGUACUCCCAUGUCUUCAUGGUUGUCCAAAGCCAGAUGUAGUCUCAGCUGGUGUGGGUAGGCCUCGAGUGAUUGUUGGCACCAGUGGACAAUACUACAUUUUUGCUUCACGCCUUCGCUGCAGGAUGUGCAAGAGGAUCUGGUUUGCUGACAGUCCCCAGUGGACAGGGAAACUGCCAAAGCGGUUCACAAGCAUUUUGCCAGCAUUCCUAACAUACAAGAAGGCUAUUUGCAAGUCUGUGCUUCAUGAGCUGAGGCGUACUGGCAAGUCACCUUCAGACAUGGCAAAUCAGGUGAAUGAGAUGAUGCACCUUAAAUAUGAACAAGCUCACCUGGCAUACCUUCAUAGCAUUCAAAACAUCUGGGAUGCUGAGGCAGGGGUUUAUGGGCAGACGACUCUUGGUCAUCUUGUGAGGAAGGAUGACAUGCCACAGUCUUUCGGAGCCUAUGAUGAUGCAGAUGGUUGGUGUGGAAUCUCUGUCUCUGCUCACUACCUGACUGACUGCCUCAUUGAUGAGUACCGGCGCCAAGAGCCGGCUAUUACUAAACUCCUGCAGGGCACUUUUGGACAAGUCUUGCGAUCAGACCACACCAGGAAGGUAGCACGAAAAGUGACCUUGUCAUCUGGCACCAUGUCAAGCUAUGCAGUUAUGAAUGAAAAUUGGAUGAUUGUUUCCUGGGUGAUGGUACAGUCUGAGAGCGAGAAGUCCCUGGAACCCAUGUACCAGGGGUUAGCAAAAAGGUACAAUGAUGCAGGGGUGGAGAAGGCCAAUUACCACUGGGUAGACAGGGAUUGCUGCGCACCAUUCAGGAUCCCUGACCUUCAUCACGGAGAGUACCUCAACUGGGAUGCCUGGAGUACCACACCAUCAAUCGUCACUGAGGCCACUGCUGGACCUCUGGAAAACACUUGUGCAUCCCGUACACAAUACAACCCCAACAUUGUGGUCAAGUUGGAUUUGUUUCACUGCAUGAGGCGUUUUACCCGGGAGUGUACUUCAGAGCAUCAUCCCCUCUACAGCACCUUUUGUCAGCUCCUCUCCACUGCAUUUUCUGUUGUGGAUCAGGGCGACCUGAAGAAGCUGAAGGAUGCUUAUGAGUUCUGUGGAAUUCAGCCACCAAAUCCUACAAAACAGCACAUCAGAGAGCACUGUAGGACCAGAAUUCCACAGCCUACAGAGCUGGUUGACAGAGUGGAGAAAGUUCUUCGGCAUUUCCACUUGACCACUGACCCAAACAACUUACCACUCUUCAAACCAUCCAUGCUAAAAACAUGGCGUAUCCAGAGGGUGCACAUUCUCCGUGGGUGCCUUAGCGACCCUGAGGUCACAGAUGGAAUCAUGUACAGGUAUGGGGGAACUUUGCAACUUAAUCAUGUUCCCGGUGAAGGCGCAAAAGUCCCCAAAUGGAUUCCAGUCAGAGGGACAUCCCAGCAAGAAGGGUAUCAUUUUCACCAGUCCCAGUGGAUUACUGGAACUCAUGCAUCCUGUGAAUUGUUUCAGGCCCAGGGCAUGACAGGUGUAGCUCGAUGGAACUACCAAAGGCUUCUGGACCUUAAGCAGCCAGAUGUUGUCCUCCCACCUGUGUUUGAUCCGUCACUGAUAACUGAGUUAAAUUCUGCGUCAAAGAGAGUGACUGGAAAAGAGAAGUACCCUAUGUUUCAUUUCUCUGAUAGGGACACUGGAGAGAAGUUUGGCAUUGAAUACAGAGAGUUAGAGUACCAUCCAGUUCAACUUGACUGGAACAAACAUAGGGUGCAAAAGAAAGAUGAUUCUUCUGUUCUUGUGCUUCUCCCGCCUGGCCCAACACCAUCCACAAACCCGGCACCACCCACUGCUGUCCCUGUGUCCCAGUUCCCCCAACUUAAACCUGCUGCAAUCCAUAAGGUACAGAUGUUGGCCCAAGGAAGCAUGGAACCUCCAGUUAUAAUGGAAACCUCAGAUACUCCACCCCUGCCUUUGCAGUCCUCACCAAGGAGUGCCCGCACUGGACCAAUCAAGACUGGUGGACGAGUGUUCGUCUUGGACCACAAACGGUGGACAUCACCAAUGAAGGAGGCUAUUGACAGCCUCCUAGACAGGUACCAUGGACAGAAAGACAUGUUGAAGCUUGUGGAUCAAGACUAUGCAGCUAUGGUACAUCGGUCCGCCAAAGAUCCAAACAGCCUACUUCACCCAACAACCAAAUACCAUAUAACACAGUACAUAAAACACCUGGCUAAACUGGUUAACACAAGUUCAUCACUGAAUACCAGUCCAGAAAAACUUUUGGAGACACAAAAACUGUGGCAAAGUUUAACUGAGAAAAGUGUCACCGUCCAUGUCCCAGUUGUACAACUUCCGCCAGCCAUUGUGAAUCCAGCAGAUCCAGUCUCACAGCCAGCACCUGAACAGCCACUAACACAGGAGAAUGUGCAGAAAAUAGUACAGGACUUAUUGCUACAUCAGCAGGAGGAGCAGCAGCAGCAGCAAAAACCCAGACAGACGAAAAAAUGUCUUGCGUGUGGGCAGCCAAAAUCCCGCUACCAAAGUGAUGGAUCAUCAGUUCAUCACUUUUAUCAACAAGGGCCUGUUCGAUAUUACUACUGCUCCUCAAAGGUGUUUAAAACCUAUUCUACAGAGAGACUGACAAAUCCUAAAAUGGCCUUUGAAGAAUUUGCCCAGACUGAAUUCUUUCAGCGUGAACUGCAAUUAACAAAUCGCAGAGUAGAGGACAAAGCUGAAAAGAAGAGGAAACUCUCAGACCCUCAACCUCAGGGAAGAAUGUGCCGUUUCUGUCGCACAGAGCUAAAGCAGGGCCCAAACAGCAAACAUAUUCAUACAGGAUUUCCAGGAGUGGCUGGAAAAUACAUUUACUGCCCAGCUAAAGUCCUCGACUUUUACAAAGACAGAGGCAUGGCAAGGGAAAUGACAUGGAAGGAAUUUCAAACCUCCUCAUUCUAUGUCAUGGAAUAGGAGAGGUGGGCAGCAGAGAGAAAGAAAUAAAAAAUCUGAAUUUGUAUGCAUUCAUUUAAUACAUUUCAUAUUUUAAUCACCCAUUGUUUUUAUGUUGCACAAUUUUGUUGCUUCAUCCAUUGCUUUAAACUACAUAGACAUGUUAAUCAACUGUAAAUACUGUGUACUGAUUCAUCUAAUUGAUUUUAUUUCCUUGUGUACCUAUCUAAUUUAUCUUGAUGUUGUUGUUUUUUCUUGUGUUAUUUUUUUGGGACGGGGUACAAUCUGUAUAUCAGAACUGGCAGUUAAUACCCAUAAACUUGAUUUCAUGCUUGUUUUUAGUCCCUAUUGUUAAACUGUUGCUUUGCAGCAGCUAUAAUUUCCUUAGUUAUACUUUUUUUGUUUUGUUUUACUUGUUUUUAGCACUCUCUAAAUUUAACUGAAUGCAUGUUUCAGUUGAUUUAAUAAAUUUUUGACUUUGAGUAAAGGACUUGUUUCGUUUGCUUUUAUUUUAAACUCUAGUUGGC